CAGUUAAAUGAGGAUGACCUAGUAAAACUCCUAGUUGCAAAAGCUUCGAUGAUGCAAGUUCUCAUGCUUACGUAACAUACACUCCGGAUUGAUUUAUCCGAGAGGAAUCAGGGAUCUUAAAUGAUUCCGAAUAGCCUCUCCGAAUCUCCCCGAGGUUUACAUUUGAACUUUAAUUGAAGAGGCAAUACAAAGAGGGACCGCUUCCUUUUCACAGUUGGAAGUUCCUCCGUUUUAGAAUUAGAUAAGAAGUGCAGUGACAUUUAGCGAUUUCAAUGGAUCACCGUUCACCGUUGACCAACACGGGGAUGAGUAUUUAGCAAAUAUACACGCACCGUCGAGAUUCGACGUCUCUCGUCCGUCCUACUUGGGAACUUUCACUUACGUUGGCGUAAGAGGUCCAAAUAACCACAAGAUUCGAAUAGGAUGAGCAAAGAAUCGAAUGGUCAACAAUUUCUAAUUAUGUACAUACAGUUGUGUAAAAGAAUUAAACAUAAAAUGAAACCAUCGAAUGAAGUGAAAUUUAUGAAUUAAGAAAAUUAUCUUUCAGUAUUAAUUUCUGUUCUCAGAAGAUAGCUCGUUUUCUCGAAGCGAAUAAAUAAGAUAAGUGUAAAAAGACAGUGUUAUUACAGCAUUUAGCAAUAAUUACAACAGCAGUUUGUGUGAAACAGCGCUUAAGAAAGGAUUGCACGGACGUUAGUCGCCCAGUUCUCAGGAAAGUCCAGGGAUAUGGAGUGGCAGAUGAUACGGUUCUCCUUCUACGGCUGCCAGUACGGUUUAUACAGGAUUUCUUUCAAGAAAAAUUAUGGGACAGGUUGCCAGAAACGUGGAAGAUUGCCUUGCAGGAUACAUCUCCCCAAGAAUUUGCAAACGCGUAUGGCCUUUGACACUACUCGCGCUUCGUCAAGUGAUCAAUAUCUUGCAAGUUAACAGAAAUAACAAAGAUCCAAAGAGCAUCAUAGCUUGUGAAUCAAAUAAUAGAAAAGCGAAUAAUAAGAACAAUAGUAAAGCUUUCAAGAAUGAGCGAAACGUUGUACUUGAUGAACUGUAUUCUACGGAUCACAAGUUCAAUAAUCUAUUUUGUAAACAUAUAAAGCAAAAAAAGAGAUAUGAGAUACAAAAAAUAGCUGAAGUAUGUGCAGCCUGUGCCUAUGAAGCCAACUGUGACUGUAUUGUUGAUAUUGGAUCUGGUAUGGGUCACUUAGCCCGAGUUUUGGCUUUUCAAUAUGGAUUAAAUGUUACUUGUAUCGAACAAGACUGUAUAUUGUUGGAACAAGCUAGGAAGUUAGAUCAAGAAUUGUUGAUGUCCAUAAAAAGACGUAUACCAAAUUUCUAUCAAAAAUCUCCUCAACAUUUUACAGCUAAAUUAGAAUCUUCAAAUUUAGUCGAAUCAGAAUUAGUUAGUCAAUUAAAAGAAUUAUUUCAAAAGGAAUUUGAUUUAAGUGAGGAAGAAACAGAAUUUGGUCUUGUUGGUCUUCAUCCUUGUGGAGACCUCGCUCCAAUACUAUUACAGCUUUAUUCCUCUAGAAAUGAAGCUAAAUUUAUUUGUAUCGUUGGCUGUUGUUAUAUGAAAUUAACAAUCAACUCACAGAUUAGUAAACUAAAGGGGUAUCCCCUUAGCAAGUACCUGUGUUUGCACAAGAAUCAUUCCUUAACUUACACAUCGUUAGAAGUAGCAUGUCAUGCCAUUGAAAAAUAUUGUGACAAACUAAAAACUGGGAAUUACGAAGACUUAAUAGUUCAUACUUAUAGAGCAGCUUUGGAAACCAUUUUAAUAAAGAAAAGUACAAUUCUACGCCAUAGUCAAUUAAGAAAUGUUAAAGUAUCAAAAGGAAUGUCAUUUGAACAGUAUUGUAAAACAGCUACUUUACAUUUUGAUACCGAUUUGCAACCGCAAGAUUCAGAUAUUAAUAACUCAGUGAUCACCGAUUUCUUAAAUCGAUGGCAACAAGUUAUAGUCUUCGGAUCGCUACGAAUGCUGUUAGCACCAUUGGUAGAAACCAUUGUUCUUUACGAUAGGUUCUUGUUUCUAUCAGAGAAAAAUUUUGUACCAAUUUUGAAGCCAGUAUUCGACAGUAGACUGUCGCCACGCAAUUUAGUGUUAAUGUCCAGGAAAAAUAACUAAUCGACUGACAA